UCGUAGUUUCGGGCAAAUCAGCUGGACCCGUUACAGUGGGUAGGGCUCGGGUGCGCACGCACCGCUGUUGUUCUGCUCGUAAUUGUCAGCUCUGCCUGCGGCGGCUUUUGAUGUGUGGUCGGUCUUACUGUGAACUCAGAGGGACACAAACCACAAGGUUUUGAUGACCCAGACCCCCUCCCCACCGCUCUCCCGAGCCUCUGACUCUCGCGGGGUCUCUGAGAGGAGUGGUUGGGUUUCGGCGGCGGAAGAGCUUGUCUCAUAGGGGCAGCGUGAGGGCCUCGGGCCAGGGGAGGCCCGCCGGCGCUGGACGCAAACUUAGCCUCGUGAAGAGUUUUGUCCCCAUCCGCCUCUUGUACCCUCUUCUAGCGCCGGGUCUUCCUUGGCGGCCCUCACUGUCACCAGAAGAGCCAGCUGGGCUGGGGGCUGCUGCUCACUGCCCUGUGGAGAGGGGGCUGGGCAGAGAGACGCGACGCUCCUCGACCAAGAGACCCAGUCUCAGUCCUUUUGCGGAGUUUACAGCCCAAGCAAAAUGCAUGCAUUUUUCAGCUUUGAACAGCAUGGAGUGGUGGGAGAAGAAAUCUCUUUGUGUGUUUGUCUGCAUCACCCCUCAAGAAUGUAUGCAGGUGUCCAACCUGAGGCUGAAGGGAACUGGUUUACUGCUGGGAAUUCGGAUUUGAAGUCCAUGGUGACAAUCCCAGAUGGAGAGAUGCUGGCCUUGAAUAACAUGAUGACCAUCUCUCUGAACCCCCAAAUUCUGGCAAUGCAUGAACAAGAUAGGGAUGAUUCAAGAGAACAGGUAACCACCCUAGGAAGAGAAAAAAUUAAUUCUGAGGCUUCUCGCAAGAGCUUCAGAUGUUUUCCAUACCCAGAAAAAGCUGGACCUCGUGAGGCUGUGAACCAGCUUUGGGAACUCUGCCUUCAGUGGCUGAGGCCAGAGAUUCACACAAAGGAACAGAUCCUGGAGCUGCUGGUGCUGGAGCAAUUCCUGACUAUCCUGCCCAGUGAGGUCAGGAUUUGGGUGAAGUCACAGCAUCCAGAGAACAUUGAGGAGGUGGUCACCCUGGUGGAGGAUUUGACCCAAAUGCUUGAGGAGGAAGUUCCAAGUUCCCAAGAUUUUCCUCUUCUCCAAGAGAGAACCACAGAGAAGGAGGGAAUGUCUACUGUGUCACCAAUAGCCAGAUUUCAGGAAACCAUCACAUUCCAAGAUGUGACUCCAGACUUCACUUGGGAAGAGUGGGCACAAUUGGACACUGUUCAGCAGGAUCUCUGUAGAGAUGUGCUGAUGGAGAACUAUAGAAACCUGGUCUUUAUUGGGCUUUCAGUUUCCAAACCAGAUGUGAUCUCGCAGAUGGAACAUGGAGAAGUGCCAUGGUUGUUGAGGAGUGAAGUCCCAAGAGGCAUCUGUCCAUAUUGGGACUUUGGACUUGAAGCAAAGGAGUUAAUUCCAAUGUGGGAAACUACUGUAAAGGAGUCUUCUCAGGAGACAAUAAUGGAAAGAACGAUGGGUCAUAGUUCCUGGGACUCUAGAUUGGAAGAAGCUUUUAAAUGUUAUGGCUCACUAGUAAGGCAUCAGGGCCAUCAGGAAACACAUUUGAAGCAAGUAACAAUCACACAUGAAGAAACCUUAAGUAUGGAGAGAGGCUCUGAAAACAAUGAAUUUGGGGGAUGUUUCAGUUUAAGCUCAAUUCUAAUUACCCAGCAGAGAGUUCCUAUAGUAAAUCAGUCAAUCAACAAUCAUUUAUUAGGUGCCUACUAUUUGCCAGGCACUGUGUUAGACACCAGUGAUACAAAUAGAAUAAAUGAGACAAUUCCUAGUCUUUAUAGCUUUGACACACAUGGAAAGAGUUUCCAAGAUAAUUCAGAACUAAAUAAAUGUCAAAAAAUUUACACAGGGAAUUAUAGAUUGAUGUAUAAUGAAUUUGGGGAAGCCUUCAGUCAGAUUUCACAAUUUAACCUUCAUCAUGCUGGUCAAUCUGGAGAGAAACCCUAUAAAUGUAAUGAAUGUGGGAAAGCCUUCACCCAAAGGGCAAGCCUUACUCAACAUCACAGAAUUCAUUCUGGAGAGAAACCUUUUAAAUGUAAUGAAUGUGGGAAGGCCUUCACCCAAAGGGCACAUCUUACUCAACAUCUGUUUACUCAUAAUGGAGAGAAACCUUUUAAGUGUUAUCAGUGUGGGAAAGCCUUCAUCCAAAUCUCACAGCUUAAUAUUCAUCAAAGAAUUCAUUCUGGUGUGAGAUCCUAUAUAUGUAAUGAUUGUGGAAAAGCUUUUACCCAGAGGACAAACCUUACUCAACAUCAGAGAAUUCAUUCUGGAGAGAAACCUUUUAAAUGUAAUGAGUGUGGGAAAGCCUUUACCCAGAGGGCACACCUUACUCAACAUAUGUUUACUCACAGUGGAUCUAAACCUUUUAAGUGUACUGAAUGUGGAAAAGCAUAUAGCCAGCUUUCACAGCUUAAUGUUCACCGAAGAAUUCAUUCUGGAGAGAAAUCUUAUAAGUGUAAUGAAUGUGGGAAAGUCUUUCCCAUGUGGGCAGAACUUACUCGACAUCUGAGAACUCAUUCUGGAGAGAAACCUUACAAAUGUAAUGAAUGUGGGAAAGCCUUUACUCAGAGGGCAAGCCUUACUCAACAUCACAGGAUUCAUUCUGGAGAGAAACCCUAUAAAUGUAAUGAAUGUGGGAAAGCCUUCACCAAGAGGGCACAUCUAACUCAACAUCAGUUCACUCAUAGUGGAGAGAAACCAUUUAAGUGUAAUGAAUGUGGGAAAGCCUAUGGCCAAUUUUCACAGCUUAAUAUUCACUUAAGAAUUCAUUCUGGAGAAAGAUCUUAUAAGUGUAAUGAAUGUGGGAAAGCCUUCACCCAAAGAGCAAGCCUUACUCAACAUCAGAGAAUUCAUUCUGGAGAGAAACCUUAUAAAUGUAAUGAAUGUGGGAAAGCUUUCACUCAAAGAGCACAUCUAACGCAACAUCAGUUUACUCACAAUGGAGAGAAACAUUUUAAGUGCAAUGAAUGUGGGAAAGCCUAUAGCCAGAUUUCACAGCUCAAUAUCCAUCGAAGAAUUCAUUCUGGAGAGAAAUCUUACAAAUGUAAUGAAUGUGAGAAAAUUUUCCCCAAGUGGGCAGACCUUAAUCGGCAUCAGAGAAUUCAUUCUGGAGAGAAACCUUAUAAAUGUAAUGAAUGUGAAAAAGCCUUUACGCAAAGGGCACACCUCAGUCGACAUUUGCUUACUCAUAGUGGAGAGAAACCGUUCAAGUGCAAUGAAUGUGGAAAAGCCUUCACACAGAGGGCCUAUGCUAUUCAACAUCAGAGAAUUCACUUAGGAGAGAAGUGCCUUACACCUAGUAGGAGCUUAAUAAACGUUUGUGAAUUGAAGUGAAUUAAAAUUGAAAUGAAGUGAAUUAAAAUGUUUUCCUGAAAUCUAAGUAGCCUCUUUAUACAGCACUGAUGUCACAUUCAAGUAGAAAUGGGAUCUCUAAUCUGUAUAUAAGGGUCCCUGUGUCAGCACAUUGACUUAGUUUUAAAAUGUAAUGUUAUCUAUUAUCUAUGUGCUAUUGUAUUUCUAUUUAUUUUGUUCAGUAUUUCCCAAUUCCAUUUUAAUUUGCUGCAUUUUGUUUAACAUGUUUAACUCCUCCAGUCUGCAGAAUUGUUAUAGUCUAAUAGUCUAGUUACCUUGUCAAAUAAGAAAACAUUCUUGAUAAAGCCAUACCCGCUUUUUUUUUUGGCCAUACCAGUAUUUAUUUAGUUUAAUUUUCCUUUCUAUCUUAUGAACCACCUACUACUAAUGUGUCUUAGGAUUUUUCCCCCCAGGAAUAGAAGUUAAGUUCAUUCCUUUAUAGGUCUGUUCAUAGAUUUUUAGUUUUCUCCAAAAUUGGGUUGUUUGCCCUUUUCCAGUCCUAUGGAACUUCUUCCUAAGAUCUUUCACAAAUUAUUCAUGGUAGCUCAGAUGUCAGAUCUACUGAUUCAUUUAGCAUACUAGUACUUAAUAAUUGGUGACUUGAACUCACUGAGGGUAGCCAGAUGCUGCUCGAUUGUCUCCUUACUUAUCUUGGGUUUACUUGAUGCUAUUAAUUUUUCUAGUCUUCCAGUUCCACAGAUCUUUCUUCUUGGAAGAAAAAACAAAGUAAGAGGUAAGCAGAUCAGUCAGUCAUUUAACAGUCAUCUCUUCUGUUGAUGAAAUAUAUGUUCACCUCUUUGCAGAGGUGAUAGACUAGUGGAACAGAAUGAAACAUACACUUUGAGACAAUGGAAGAUUUUUGCUGGAGGGUGAACUCUUAGGAGUGAAGGUGGGUAGUGGUAGUGAUACACAAAAGAAAAGAAAAACAUUAACAAAAUAUUUAAGAAAUAUACGUAAAAGAGUAGAAAAAAGUUUAGAGAGGGACACAAAUGGCAGUUUUGUUUAAUCAUGUUAAAUUUAACAUUUUCUUUGCAUUUUUUCUAUGUAUAUUAAAAUAUUUACCAUUUUAUCUUCAGCCUAUCCACUCAGCUGCAGUUGUUUGAUCUUACGUGCAGCAUAAUUAAAGUAAUCCUUACCCUUAGAUUUAUUGCUAGCCUCAGCUCAUUCUGGGCUUUUCCAUUUUUGACACAACCUUUAUAGAGCCAGCCUACUAUUUUGUGUUCAGUCUCAUUUGUCCUUUCUUCUAUCUUCCACAUUUGCUUUUUUUUAAAAGAACUACAGUGAUGAGUUCCAUGUGCUUCCACACUAGUCUUUUCAGGCUUUCUCCUUUCCCCAUCUCAUUUGAAAUUUCUUCUUGUUUUGUUGGAAUAUUCCUGAUAGUCUUAUCUUCCUCAUGGACUGACUUCCUCUGCUAAGUUUUUUUCUUUCAAUACUUUUAAAUCCAAAAUGCACACCCAAAUUCUGUUUGGCUUUCAUUUUCUUUAACACAAACUCUAGGAGGGGGCAACCAUUAGUCUCCAAGGUUCCUGUCAUUUCUACUUCAGCAAUGUGUUUUUCUUUGUUGGACAAGAUUAGGUUCAGAUGACCAAUUUCCCUUGUUGAUUCUCUACUUUUUGAAGGUUGAAAUCACUGUCCAGGCAAGUCACAAAUUUAUUAUCUCCAUCACUUGAUAGAGAGUGUGGAUAGUUGAAGUCUCCCAUCACUACUUCUGUUCUACAUUUUUUAUCUUUCUCACUCUUCAUCUAAUUUCUCUCUGUGCCUACAUAAAUUAACACAACUAAGUUCUAAUACUUGUGGAUCUAAUUCAAAUUCAAAUAUAUACGUGGAUCUAUAAUCUCACUUAUAUGAGUAUUCAAAAGUUUAUCCUUUCUAUGCCUGCCAAUCUUUUCGAAGUCUUGUACCUUUCUUCCCAUAAAUUUGCCACAGGUAUUUUACCUAAGUGCUAGGGUCCUGACAAAUAAUAUUGCUGAGAUGCCAGUGGAAUACAAAGACUGUUCAGUUAUAUUUCAUUUGUAUUACAUGACUGGACAUUUGCCUUUUUUAAAAACAAUCAUCCACAGCUUCAAUAACAUGGAAUUAUAGAUUUAGAACUAGAAGGACCUCAGAGAUCAUCUGUCAAGAGAAGGCUGUGUUGUAAUGUGAGUCUGCUAAACUAUUAGAUUCUGGAUGUAGAACUGGAAAGGACCUUAGAGACCAUCUAUUUCAAUACUCCAUGUUAGAGAUGAGGGAAUUGAUGUCCAGGAGCAGGGACAGGAUUUGAACCCAUGUCCUGUGACACUAAAGCCAAUAUUCAUCAUUGAUUAUUCUAUACUGGCUCCUACGCUUAUUUCUUGCAAAAGUUUUUAAAUCAUGCAGUUAAAGUUUUCUAUUUCUUCUUUUAUGAUCAUCCAUAUCCCUUAUUUAGAAUUCUAACAUUGACUGUAAAUUGUACCUUUAUUGAUGCUUUUUAAAAUAUUGCCGUUACUUUCCAAUGAUUCCUUCCACAUACGAAAGAACCUUUCCUUAUAACAACAAAUUAUAAAAAAGGAAAACAAAUAUAUUGGCUAUGUCUGAUAACAUAAGCCUCAUCCCUUUGCUAUUGUCCACCAUCUGGCUGCCAAGAGUCAAAGGUUUAGAGACUUGUACCUCCUUCAUCCCCUUUUAUCAGAUGAGAAAACGAGGCCUGAAGGGUUUAAAUGGCUUUACAAAGAUCACAUAGGUAGGAAAUAUGGAACUUGAGAUUUAAACCUAGAUCUUCCUUACACUAUUCCAUGCUGUUUUCCCAAGUCAAGUUUUGACACCAAAUUGGUCAGUUCACAGUUUCAACAUUAAUUGAGACCAGAAGAAAGUUCAGAAGGGAACAGAGGCAAACUGGGCAACUUUUUCAUUAUUGUAUUAAAUAUAUACUUUUUAAAGGCUAUAUAUAAUAAAAGUUUAUAGUUUACUAUUUUAAAAUAUAUAACAUCAGCACAGUAGUGUUCCAGUAUUUAAACCGUUUCUAUCUUUCAUCAUUUUUACCAAGUCACCCCAUGAAUAUGGAGUGAAACUUCAGUUUAAAUUUAUAUUUUUGUUAUUAGAGCCUUUUUAUAGUAACUGAUAAUUUGCAUUCUUUUAAAACUGCUUGUUAAUAUCCUUUGAUCACUUUGGGGAAUGAUUCUUAAUGUUCUCUUAACUGUUCUUAAAUAUUUGUAUCAAUUUCCUAAAUAUAUUGGACACAUAUUUUCUGUGAAAAGUUUCUUCCAAGUUAACAGCUUCUUAUUUUAGCUUCAUUGAUUUUAUUUGUGCAAAAGAUUUUACAUUUUAAUAUUACAUUUUAUAUAAUUAAAAUUGUCUGUUUUAUCUUUUAUAAUUGCCUUUAUUCCUUGUUUGGUUAAGAACUUCCUCCAAAGUCAUAUGGAUUAUAAGGUAUUUCUUUUCAUUCUUUGAUAAUUUUUAUUUUUGUGAUAUUAUCUUUUAUAUUUAGUUGACAUCCAUUUGGAGGCAUUUAUGGUAGAUGCUAUAAGAUGCUGGUCUAAGCCUAACUUUUGCCAAACUGCAUUCCAGUUUUCCUAACAGUUUUUGUCAAAUAGAGAAUUCUUAUUCUAGUAGUUUUGUGUUCCUAGUGUCAUUAAAUUCUUGACUAUCAAGUUCACUUGCUUUAGAAUCUUGCUUAAUAAAUUGGUUUUCAUUAAGUUUUCUAUUUUUUCACCAGUAUAAUUAUUUGAUAAUUGAUUAUAUAAUAAUUUGAUAAUUGCUGCUUAUUAAUACAGUUUGAGAUUAGAUCAUGCUAGACGCUCUUUCUAUUUUUUCUUUAUUUCCCCAUAAAUUCUUGACAUUUUGUCAUCCAGAUAAAUUUUGUUAUUAUUUUAUCUAGCUUAAUAAAAUUUCCCCCUUGGCAUUUAAGUUUUAACUACUCACUGCAGCCAUCAGAAUGAGAGUCUCUUGAAUUUGAGGAAUUAAAAAAUAAGACUAGGGGGCAGCUGGGUAGCUCAGUGGAUUGAGAGCCAGGCCUAGAGAUGGGAGGUCCUCGGUUCAAAUCUGGCCUCAGACACUUCCCAGCUGUGUGACCCUGGGCAAGUCACUUGACCCCCAUUGCCUAGCCCUCACCACUCUUCUGCCUUGGAGUCAAUACACAGUAUUGACACAGCAUUGACUCCAAGACAGAAGGUAAGGUUUUAAAAAAAAAUGAGACUUGAUCAAUUUUUCUUAUCCACCUUAUCCAAUUCUUUCAUUUGACUUUAAGUACCCUUCCAAAUUAGCUAGUAAUUUAAGUAUCCACACCAGGGAGGGGAAAAGGAAAUGUAUGUAUAAGAGUUACAUGUCCAAAGAAGAUCAUUAUCAGUCAUAUAGAGAUGGGAAUGGUAUGUUGCUAGCCUCCCAAUCUGCCAGAUUGAGUCAAUAGUGUGCAACUCCCCAGAUUUUUGUGGUAAGACUGGCAAUUAACUGGCAAAUACCAGGAGAGUAACUCAAGUAAACAUCAAAGGCCUCACAGAGGUGAUUAUUUUUCCCCCUCAGGUUCUAUAGAGGAAAGGGAAUAAAAUUCCAAUAUACAAAGAUUCUAACAAGAAGAUAUAGGCCUUUUUAUAAAUAUAUCUGUGUAAACAUGUGUGCAUGUAUAUAUCCUGUAACAAGCAAUAUUAAUUUAUAUUCCUCAGAGUAAGAAAGAAUGGUACUUGUCUUCAUAGAAUUUUUAAAAAACAAAACUGUAUUCUUAAACAUUUGAAAAGGCAGAGGGAUAGAAUUAUAGAAGGCAGACAUUUUGAGAAGCAUUUAGAAGAUAAAGGCUUAAUCAUACACCAUGGUAGUUUGAUUAGUAUGUCAUUAAAAUUAUAAAUUAGGUAGUUUUUUGGUAUAACUCAACCAGGCAUGAUAAAUGUCUCAAAUUUUUUUUUCCUCAUUUAUUAUAAAAUGUGCUUCAUAGUGGAGUUCAUCAAGUCUUGAGUAUAUCUUAGUACUCUCAAGUAUUUUAUGCAAGUUAUUCUGAGUAGAAUUCCUUUAUCUCCUACUGGUGAUUUUUUAUAGUAACUUUAGUGGAAUCUUUGGCAUUAUCUAAAGUAAAUCAUCAUUCCACUUGCAAAUAGAGAGUUUUUACUUCCCGUAGCCCACAUUUGUCAGUUUAAUUUUCUCAUCUUACUUCUAUACAUUAACAUGUGAGUAACUUGAAACUAGCAAUAAUCCUGGUAUAAUUUCAUUUUGUAAAAGUAUGGUCACUUGUUUGUGUUUUUACUAUCAUUAAGCUGAUUCAUAAUGUCUGACUUUGACCAAAUGAAAAUGGUUUGAGCUGGUUUCCCUACUUAUUAAUUUUCUGCCACUUGAAUACUAGGUUUUACAUCCUAUGCAUGUUCUUCAUUGAUAUUUUUAAAACUUUUUUCAAAUAUUAUGGUUUCUAAAAAUGAUUAUUACUCUUAGGAAGUGUGCAAAAGUUGUAUCUUUUAAAGAGCACAUUUCAAUGAGGGAUUAGAGUUAUUGAAGCAUUUUUUAGUCUGGGAAAGUCAAACAUUCCAAGGCUUAUUCAAGACCUCAAUGAAAGAAAUAGGAUCUGUCACACUAAAGCACAGAGGAAAAUGAAGUAGAAAAUUAAAAGCAGUAUCAGCUGACCAACAAUUACUACUACACAGCUUAAUUAUUCCUUAAAAAAAGAACAGAACUUCAGAGAAUUCUGACAGCUGAAGGAGUUGAUGUGGAUUUUCUGGAUAGUAUGUAAGAGGCUUCUUGAAGUUGGAAGAAUAUUAAGAAGAACGGUAAAAAAUAAACCUGGAACACCGAGGACUGGAAAAGGUAGUUUUUGCUGAUGAAAUGCACCUUUUCAUUCAAUGUUAUAUCAAAACCAUUGUCAUAAGAAAAGCAGGAAACCUGUAUUAUCUGGUGAGAUUCAUCAAACUAUAAAACAACUCCCCCCACAAAAUUUGGUAUGAUGUUCUUUUAUACUUCCAGGGUACUUGUGGUCCCCAUUGAGGAAAUGAUGGAUAUGGAUAGAUAUGUUGACAUACCAAGAAGCAGAAUUGAUCCAAAAAUACAGAAAUUUUCAAGUGGAAAUAAAAUGCUACAACAAAACCUUGCAUCAUGCCACACAUAAGUGAAGAAAGUAUUAUAAACUUGUAUUGAUGGCCUGGGAAUUUGUCUAAUUUAAGCCUCCGAUGAAAACCUGAGGAGUAUAAUCAAGGCUAAUCCUGGAAAAAUGGGGCUAUUUGUCAAAAGUAUGCUUGAUAUUCAAUGUGAUAAAAGUGUGGCUUCAUGUUGAGUUAAUGAAUAUAUUGCAAUCUUGUGAACUUGAUACCACUUUAUGUAAAACAAAUAUCUAGGGGAAACAUUGGAUAUUAAAACUUUUUCAAAGUUGUGAAAAGUUGUAAGAUUUAUUGUAUUAGUCAAUAAAUUUAUUUUACUUUAUUCCUGUUACUUUGUACAUGUAUAGCUAGAAGGUUUUUUUUGUUUUUCUGGCAUUGCAUCAAAUAAUAAAAGUCAAAAUGGAAAUCC